UCCGCUUCCUGGUCAACAUAAUUAAAAGUACUUUCCCUACACACAGGAAAACGGAAUCCAUGGAACCACACACAAAUGUCUAGCUUUCUCUUUUUUUGGGGAGCGUUUUGUUUUGAAUUUCAAUGGGACGCUAGACUCUCCUUUAUUCGCAUUCUCGAGUGAUGGCGGCACUCUCACAAAAAAUAGCCAAAUUUUUAAUAAUCCUGAAAGUGUAGGACUUAUAAAAAAGAAUAUUAUCUUUCUACGAUAUAUUUAGAAACAAAAAGUUAACAGGAUAAUGACGACAAGAGUAAUAUAUAUGUUUCAGCCAAAAAACUUGUUGUAGCCAAAAAACUUUCCAGCACUGUCUCUCAUUUUCUCUCGCGGAAGCGGAAGCCAACAUGUGUGCAGGAGCAUAUAAAUAGCAGGACGACCCGCAGGACGCGCUCAUUUUGCUUGGAAAGCUUUGAAGGAGUGGAGUGCCAGCGCUCCUGCCGAAACACCUAAAACUUGGCAACAACAAUCGUGUCUGUUAAUUUGCGCAGUCUGGAUUAACUACAUUGAUUUACUGCCCACUGUCAUGCCAGGAAGCUGAAGGCGAAAAGCUUUAGGAAAGAUGGAGACCACGACGGGCUACCAGGACAUUACCGCUCUGGAAAAAUCGGUGGCCAAUGCCGGUUCCCAGCUCUAUACGAUGGCCCACAAACUUCAUGCGGUGGAGCGCAGUCUCGAGCAGACGACAAUGGAGCAGAUGGACGAAAUGGAGGUCCUCGAGCUGCUCGAGUCGAUGAGCGAGGUGACCAACGAGUACCAGAAUCUACGCAAGGACAUUCGCGAGGUGCAGCAGUUGCAGCGUGACGUCAGCAGCUCCAUUCGCUACCAAAUGCGCAGCAUGCAGCAGACAUUUCACACACUUAAGCAGCGGAUAGCCAGCUCCCAGAAGGGUCGAAAAAAGGGAGAAAAAGAAACGGGGGAGCAGGCAGAAGGCCUUAAUCGUGGAACGGUGAUGGGGGUUAUGAAUAAUCCAUGAACCUUAUUGAUUAGCCCUGGCGAAAGGGCGCAAAAUGUGUCAAAGGGGGCGAGAAAGAAGGGACUAUAGACACCAAUCUGAAGCAAUCAACUGUGUAACUAUAUAUCGCAAGAACACACACCAAGCAUUUAGACUCGAAAACAGAUCCUAUACUUUAUAUAUAUACACGCUCGAAGAAACACCCGAUUGUAAGCACAUUGGCCUGCUCUCUCCAUUAACUUUGUGUUUUGUUUAUCUCCAGUGAUGAUAUGUCACUAAACCAGAAACUAAAACACAGGUAGUGUAGAGAGCAAAUCAUACCACAGACUUUUAGAGUAGAAUUGAAUAGCGUACUUUACGAAGAACCGAAAUGUCUGAAUGCACUUUUCCAAAAUUUGCCUUAACAUAAUCGUAUUUUGAGCUAGUUUUUGAUACGACACGUUUUAAAUGAUACCCAAGAUACAUAACGUAUUUAAGCUACACACAAUGGCAACCUGUUUUUGGUUAUUCUUGUGUUUGUUUCACUUUUUGGAGAUUUGUUUGUUGACGUCUAGAAAAAAUAAAUGUUAAGUCUAAAAAAGGGGGAAGUUUUAAGCUCGAUAACUUUCAAAUUUGGCGCUAUCAAAACCAUCCGAGGCUCCAACCAAUUAGUCGGGGUAUUUUUAUGGAACUUUCAAUCGAUAGAUUUCCUUACUCUGAUCGAGAGGUUUCUGAACACCGAUUUACUAAUUUUCCAACACUACCCCGCGGUCGCGAUCGCGUAGUUCGUUUUAUUCGCGUUUUUUGUUUCUUUUUGCGGUUCUUGCGGAUAAAAUGAAUGUGCUUAAAGGAGCGUAAAAGCUUUCAUCGAGUUUUAAAGAAAAUCAGUGCAAAGAUUGGUGAAACGAAAAGAAAGUGGAAGAUUCUGCGGCUCUUGGUUGCGCGUCUGUGUGUUUGUGUGUAGGUGUAAGCGUUGGUCCAUCGGUGUUUGUGUUUGAGCUAGUGUGUGCGUGUCAACAUUUGUCGCAAAAAAUAUAAAUCGUAAAUUUUCAUUGGGAAAGUGCAAGCAAGUGCAAGCUCAGGCUUUUUUUUUAGCCAACUAAGCGAUUUUUUUGUUGGUAACCAAAAGCAGGCGCGCCGGCGCCCUUUGUUUUUGUUAUUUUUGUUUGCCUACGUGUCCAACCAUUGGGAAAACCCCCUAAAAUG